UGGCUGCCCCCACCACCCUCCCGCACACCACGGUCGUUGAAGUCAAUGCACCACCAAACAGGCAUCCUGGCGAUAUCGCGUCUCCCGAUCAUCGGCGGAUGUCGAAUUAUGGAUGACCGACCAACCACGGAGCCGACGGCUAUCCGAUAGUCCAGCGCCUGGUUGUGUGGCCUUCCUCAUCUUUUAUUUUUGGGUUUCUUUUUGUUCGGUUUCUCCUAAAUGGGAUUUUGUUAUUUUGAUAUCCAUGCCACCGUUGCUGCUCUUCGAAUACACGAGAACUAGGCGGAGGACUGUGUACGGAGUAGUUCGUUUGUCCAAUGCCCCUCGAUUUGAUGAACUUGGGCAAGUCGACGAUUGAAUAUCCCGGGCAAGGGCCUAGGUCUCUUUUCUCUUCUUCUUCCUUCCAGCGA